UGUAGCUCUUCGUAUGCUAUUAUUUAUAGUUCCUUUAUUUUGAUUGAUGAAAAUUUAAAAUAUGUUUUCCUCAGUAUGCUUAAUCAUUGCGUUUUUGUCUCUAGCUCAAAGCUGCCCAUCAUCAGAAAAUCUAUAUCCUUGCACUUGUAAAAUGGAACAUAAUACAGCUGAUAUCAUAUGUUCUAGACUUGACAAUGAACAAGAUUUAGUUAAUGCUGCCAGCGCAUUAAAAAUGAGAAAUUAUAUUGAACGGUUCAAGAUCGAAAACUCUAACUUCAACUUUAUUCCUCAUAAUGCUUUCAUCAAUGUGAAAUUCCAAGAUCUAGAGCUAGAGAAUUCAAACAUGUUUUCUUUAACAGAUACCGAUGUAGCUUUCGAAGGAAUGGAAGAUACUUUACAAGCAUUAGUAAUAAGUAAUUCCUCUCUUUUGAAUACUUGGGAUUGGUCUGUCCUGAGAAAGCUUCGGGCCCUUAGGAAAAUUGAAAUCAGUGGAGGGGAUCUUGAAAGUGUUAAUAAGGAUAUAGAGGAAAUAAAUAACGGCAUGCUAAUAAUAGUCUUAAGCAAUAAUAAAAUUUCUCGCAUAUACGAUACUGCCUUUUCAAAAUUCAAAAACUUACUAAUUCUGGAGCUAAAUAAUAAUUUCUUAACGGAAGUGAAAAGAGAAAUAAUACCUAAUCCAGCUGUGUUGCUCCGCAAAAUAGAUUUAAGUUACAACGAAAUAAAGAAUUUUCCUGAAGACAUGUUUGAAAAUAUACCAAAUUUAGAAUGGCUCAAUAUCAGCUGGAACAAGAUUUUAACAUUAAAUGAAAGAACAUUCUCACCCGUUUGGCAAAAGCUAAAGAAUUUCGAAGCUCUAGGAAAUGAAUUGCGAUGUGACUGCAGAAUGGCUUGGAUUCUAAAUUUAACUUACCCGAAAACUCUGAAAGCUGAAUGCGCAGAGCCUAAAGCAGUAAGAGGGCACAAUAUAGAGACUCUCACAGCAAAGACUCUUUGGUGUUAAUAAGACAAAGAAAUGUGAUUAUAACACAUUUUGCGAGAUAUUUGUCUUCUUUCUAACCACAUAUAUUUCAUAUUUUUAGUUUCGAUAAAAUUGCAUGAAUAGAUGUUGUUGCCAGUCAGUGUAAAUAUGAUGCUUCAUUUUUUCUUCGAUAUAUAAAAGCGUGUUCCAGUCACUUGAAAAUAAUUUCAACUGGACUUCUUAUCGACAUUUUGCAAAAAAUAUUUUUAUACCAUGAGUAAACAGAACAGUUUUCGGUACCCUAUUGUAAUCAAGAGAUGAACUGUAAAAUGUUGUGAUGUCUAUAUUUGUAUGUAAUUUUAUGAAAUAAAAGUUUCUAUGUUUGAACUGCUA